UAGUCUUAUUCUUUUAUUUGGUCACACUGUAAUGUGAUUCGUUUUUUCCGAAAUGACCGUUACAAAUCAUAAUAAUUAAAUUAUAUGAUAUGUUCCUGAUGCCAUAUUUGAAAACAAACAGUUGUUAAGUUUUACACUUUUGUCAUUGUAGAUUGUUCAAUACGAACUCGUGCACUAUUCAUUUGGGUUAAGUUUAGCUUGUUGUCGUUCGAAACGAAUUAUCACGAUUCGUUCACGUUUCAGCUCUUCAGACUUUUUUAUUCUGUAAAUUCUACCGUACCGGCGGUAUUUUACGUCUAUAGGGUUUCUGGCUCGGCUAAAGUACCUAUUCAACACAGUGUGUCAACGUUUUUCUGUAAGAAUGUCCAACACGAUUGAAAUUAUGGAUCCACGUUCUCCAACGUUAGAUAUUGUCAGAACUCCGAUACGUGUAGUCAAAAUGAUAAUCGAAGAAGAGAAUAUUUCCACCGAAACGCGCUUAAACAAUGAACUGUUCACUAAUACUUUGGCUGAUGAUCCGGUGACGUCUACACCGUACGCCAGUCCUGCCACUGAUGAUUCUUUUCAUUCGGCCAUUGAUGAAACCGAUACUGAUCCUCUAAUCACCAACCUGAACAUUACAAAACCAAAGGAGAACACACCUAGGAGAGCACUAGGAUGUAUAAAAAACCGGCAUCUAAAUGAAACGCCCAAGGCAGAUAUGCGCCGUAAGCUUUGGCGUAACAUGGAAGAUGAAAGGAUCAAACAAGGAGGUGAAAAUACACCACCAUUACCUUUCAAGGACUUAACUGCCUCAGCUCCGCCUAAAUUGUACAGAUACCGCAAGUUUACAUAACGAUUUCUUUGAAUUUUUUGGUUUUAUAUUAUAUUAUUGGUUUUUAAUUUUAAAUCAAAAGUAGCUAUCAAAAGUAUCAACUUAUAUCACUAUAGCUGUUUGCACUACACAAUAUAUUUUAAUUGAGUUGUAGAUAGGUAAAUUUUUCUCUCUCUCAUAUUUGUAAUAUACCAGAUUUAUAUUGUA